AUGGUAGAGUUAUCAUUAGAUGAGAUUACUUUGAUUGAGAAAUACCCUCUAAGAUCACUCGAUCGCUUACGUGGCUUGCUUCAAGGGACAGAGCAGCCUCACUUGGAAUCCUACGAUGGUGUUGCUGGUGAUCCCGAUCAAACAGAUCAAAUGAAAAUAUCGAAGGUUCUAAUUGCUUUGAUGGAUGAAAAGGCAGCCUAUAAUCUCCGUCCACCAACAAGCAGCCAGGAUGUCAUAUCAGAACUCGCGAAAUUAUUGACUUGCCUUCGAGAAAGCAACUACAGCUAUGACCAUUACCGACCACUCAUCCAACCCAUCAUACAAAGUGCACCCGACACCGACAUCUGGAAAGCUGUCUUCAACUUCAUCACCGCGGUCACACAUGCUGAAAGGUCCACACCUCCUCCCAGGUCAUCACUGCCUAUUCUACAGACCCCGCGCUCGCGCAACACCAGCAGCCUCGCCAACUCAUCUGAGCUUUGA